AAAUUAUUAAGGACCGGAAAAAUGACAGCUGCUAAGAAUUUGGCAAAGAAGAGGGCACCGAGUUUUACUGAGAAAGGAAGGAAUUUAGUGAUCUGAACACUCAGUAGCAGCAGUAACUCUGGUUACAUGUAAAUAAAAAAGGGUGUAAAAUAGAGGACUGCAGAUAAUGAAUCUUAUCUACAUUUUGAAAGUCCAAACAAAUGUUUGUAAUUUUGGACUGAGUAAGAAUCUGGUCCUCAGUGUUCUUAGAUUUGGACAUGUGGCUGUUCUCUCUUUGAUGAUUGGUUAAAAUUGUUCAUGUGGCUGUUCUUUAUAAUGAUUGGUUAGAUUUGGUCAUAUGGCUGUUCUCUGCUUUAUGAUUGGUUAGAUUUUGUCAUGUGGCCAUAUUUUCUGAUGAUUGGUACCUUGCCUUGGUAUUAAUUACACAUAAAGGGAUACAUCAGUGAAAUAUGUGAUCGGGAACAAUUAGGAUAAAAAACAUGAUACAUACAAUAUUGGACGUGAAAAGUUUUAAGAAAAUGGUUUGUUAGUAGAAAAGAUUUGUUGAUGAAUGUACGUCUAUCCAGCAAAGGAAGUGAACAAUAAACAGCAAAAACAACAAGAACAGAUUGUAUAGUAUAAAACUGGCAAAUCAAAAUGUAAUUUUAUGGCAUAAUGUUAUAUUUUAUCUUUGAUGAGUACCAUUUAUUGCCCUUGAACAAACAGCUUGUGUGGAAUAAAAGAACUGACACUUAAAACACUUGAAAAGCAGAGAAUCAAUUUAUGUCACCAUGAAGGGCAAUGAAGAAAAGGAAAGGUUAACAGGUCAACAUCUUUAAAGCGUGUUAAAUGAGGAUAACUCCUAAAUCACUAGUGGAAGAUACACAUAACAUGAAAGCGACAUUAUGCAGAAAGCUUGUCAAAGGCAGUAAUAUUAAACUCUAUAAUCUUAUUCACAAGAUAUAAGUGGAUGCUUUUUUUUUAUUGUAAUACUCGUAAAGGAAAAUACUCACUCGCAUUAACAUUUAUUCUGAUUUGUGUUGCUGAAUAAUGUGGAAUUGAAUUUAAUGUGGAAAAUUUAAAUAUUGCAACAAAUGGAGGCUUAGUUUAAGCUUAUCAUAGGGGAAACUUGUAAUAUGAAACUAUUGGCUUGAGAAAAAAUAGUGGUUUGUUUUAAUUGGUUUAAGUUGUUUUAAACUGCUUUGAAUUUGUAAAUAGUUUCUUCACGUGUUACUUACAAGUGUAGGAUUGAAAAAUAUUGGUGUGUUGAAAGAAAAUACAAUUACUUACAGUUUCGGCAAGAGUUCUGAGCAGUAAAUGAGACUGGAAUUGAUACACGUAAUAAAAAUGGUGCAUUUUACAGAUUGAUCGAGAUAUAUUUUUAUUCCAAAACUUGAGAUUAGACAUUGUUGAAAUUAUAUCCAUGUGUUCUGCGUUCUAUCAUUGCUUCAAGCACCCACAGAUUAAUUAGAGAUUAUGGUAAAUACCGGCAAUUUGAAAACAAAAAUGAUGAGGGGAAAAAUCAGUCUUAUCGUAAAAGUAUGCUUGAUUGUGUUUGGGUUUUCUCUAAUCCUGGGCUACACCCAGUGGAACCCUUCCAUAGAUACAGAUAACAAGAAGAGGCAAGAGUAUAAAAUUAUCCAAAAUCAGGGCAUGUCAAAAAUGAUACCGGUGAACGCAUCAUCAUCUUCUAUGACUACUCUUUCACCGAUAGCUCAGUAUGACUUAAGGAUACUGUUAAUCGUGUACAACCGUGCUAAAUCCAUGUUACGUCUGCUUAAUUCUAUCAACGAAGCCAGCUUUGAUGGUGAUAAAGUUAAAGUUGAGGUGUGGAUCGAUAGAUCGAAGGAAGGGGUUGUGGAUCCAUUAACUGUUGAAACUGCUGAAGGAUUUGUAUUCAAACAUGGGGAUUAUGAGGUCAUAAAACAUUCGCAGCAUGUCGGAAUUUACGGACAAUGGCUCGGGACGUGGAAACCAAGGGUGAACAGUUCUGAAAUUGCCGUGAUUCUUGAGGAUGACCUCACAGUAUCUCCUCAUUUUUACAAAUAUUUGAAAUUAGUGCAUAAUAAAUAUGACAGCAUACCUGAAAUUAAUGGGUUCGCAUUACAAGGAAUAUCAAUAAAACAUGCAAUAGGCCAUUCACACAAAAUGGUAGAAGCUCCUGAAGACUGUUUAGUAUACUUAUACCCCGUCCUAGGAACGUGGGGUUUUUCGCCAAGUAGAGACAACUGGAUUCACUUUCUGGAGUGGUUUUCGCAAGUGAAUCAAGACAAGACAUUCCAGCCAUACAUUCCUGGUAAUGUGAUGACUGAGUGGUUUAAGACGUUCCAGUCCCAGGGGAAAGCAGGUGGGGUGUGGUCCAUAUGGCACAUCUAUCAUUCCUGGAAAUUCAAGGAAUAUACGCUGUAUCCAAAUUUUAAAGGACACAAAGGUUUGACCACAAACUGGAAGGAGCCUGGGUUACACUAUACUAAAUCGGCAAGCAAGCCAUCCAAUGAACUUCUUAUGGAAUGGAAACCUGAUUACGAAAACCUUCCAGAUCAACAAAAACACCUUGAUUUAAAGGGAGUUGUUCAGGAUUGACUGCUGUAAAAUCUCUUUGUAAAUAAUAUAUUAUGAACUGCAUGUUCCGUAAAUGGAAUAAGGUCUUUUAGCUGAUAAGCCUAUGCCUUGGGAAAUAUGAUGUUAUAAAUUCCUGAGUUUAAAAUGGAUGAAUAAACUAGGUCAUUUUGUGACCAGUUUUAAAGGUAGUCUAUGCACCAGUCAAUUGUAACCACGGCCCCACCAGGUCCGGGGAACAGCGGGGACAAACUGAUAGUAAAAUCCCUGCCGAAUGCCCCCGCAACCCAAAUGCCCCAAAACCACUGCAUUCACCCAGCACCGCGGGGCCACCUGGUAUACUUCCGAACCUGGGGGGCCGUGUGUUAAAAAGACACUAUGUUUUUGUAGUGCUACCCAUAUACAUGUAAACGGCAUUUUGAAGCUGUUGAAUCUCAAUGCAUUCAUGAAUUAAAAUGUAUCUGUAUAUUUAAUGCUACAUGUGUAGCCUUUAUAAAAGGUGUGGGUGCUUACCACUGCGCUUACUGAACAACCAGUUUGUAUAUACAUGUAUGCCACUAUGUUUUUGUAGUUCUAUCCAUAUUAACAGUAUUGUGGACCUGUUGAAUCUCAAUACAUUGAUAUAUAUACAUGUAUAUGAAAAUGUAUCUGUAUACCUUAUAUAUCUAGUUAGUCUUUGUGAAAAAAACGAGUGCGCUUACUUGAUAACAGUUUGUAUAUAAAAUGCUGUAUUUAAAAAAGCACUAUGCUUUUGGAAUGCUAUCCAUAUUUAGGGCAUUAUGAAGCUGUUGAAUCUGGGUGCAUUCCUUAAUUAAGGUCAUUUCCUAACUAAGUCAUUUUCUUAAAUUUAAAAUUCAUAGUUAAAUUGAAAGAAAUGCAUCAGUGUUUUUUAACAUUAAAAUAUGUUUUUUUCAAUAUGGUCAAUGAAAAUCAUGUAUUUACGAAAUUCUUUAUUUUUUUAUUUCAUAAUUAUCCAUCUAAAUCAAUAGAUACGAAAAUUAGGAAUGUGACUUAAGUUAAGAAAUGAUUUAAGAAGUUUUAUGAAUACCGCCACUCUCAUAUUGAUUAUAUGAUAAUUAUUAUUGAAUUGUUAGGUAUUGUUUUCCAUGUUGCUCUUUUGACAACUGUAUAAUGCUCUGCCUACUGGCACUCUAAUCGAGGGAUUAGCACAAGAUAGAUUAAGCUGCACUCUCAAAAAUUGGCACUUUUGACUUUUUUUAGUUUUUGUCUCAGCAUCAGCUUAUUGCGGUAUCAAUGCCUUCAUUUAAGUCAUAUAAGAUAACUCACACAAGAACAUACCUAUCUCAAUUGUUUGGAAGUCUGCCUUAAAUUUCUUAAAGUGUUAGUUAUGCUUUUAGCCAUAGAACGUCAAUUUUUUAACGUAAAUAUGUAUAACUGGUAUCUGAUCUUUUGUCUAUAGUCUUGUAUCACUAGUUUCCAGACAUUUACACAAAAAUUGGCUCAUUUCAAGACAAAAAAUAUAAAAAGUUGUCAAAACAGUCAAAUUGUCAGUGUGCAGCCUUAACUCCUUUUUAUAAUGAGUUGGGUCAAUAUUGCAUAUCGAGAGCCCUCGUCUCAUUAAUAUUUACAAUACCAAGAUUAUAGCGGUAUACUCAGAGAUGUUGGAUUUUGGCAGGAACUGAUUGCGAUAUUUCGUUCUUCGAAAUUUUUUGUUAUGUGUGUGGACUUGAUUAUUGUUUUUGAUGCAAAUAAUUUUAGUUUGUUUUGCAAAAGCUCUUUAUUUUCAUGCAUAAUACCUAUUCAUGUAAAGUUAACCAUACUCGCACAGUAUUACGCAUAUAAUUAUAUUUGAUGUUACUCUAUCAAUAUAUUAUUAGUCCUUUUAUAUUGUUAAAGUGUUCAAUACACAAGAAUAUGAAUUUUUGAUGCCAGGUUACCUGAUAAUAUUUUAGCGCAUUUGUAAAGUGUUAUGUGCAGAAAGAGAAUAUUCAUCAUGUACAAACAUACAUGUAUCUUUAUAUACCAAUAAUAUAACAGGCCUUUUUCCAUAGUUAAUAAAUAAAUCAAAGAAUAUGAAAGUCUUCUUACCUGUAAUGGUUUAUUCAACAUCUGAAUUAAUUUAGUGAUGUCAAGUUUUUUGGAUUAUUGAAUAAAGAAAUUGUUUACAUCACAUUCAGAGAUUAGAAUGCAAUAUUAACUGUCAUGAUUUAUUGUAAUUGAUAUUUAUAUUCAAAUGGAUUGAUUAUUUCAGUUAUUUCAGGUGUUUUGAAAGGGUAAAUAAACUUAUAUUUUGAUUAUUCCCAUUUGCAGGAGACAGAAAAGUCAAUUUUUUAUGUAAAGGUAUUAUUUUUCCUCAAAAUGACAUACUUUGCAAUAUGAAUUUUCCCAAAAUGGGCAGAAAAAGGCCUGUUUUAUAUCACAUAAGUUUUUUUACAUUGUAAGUGGCAAUGUCUGAUUUCAAUUGAAACAAAGAUCAAAUAAGAUAUAAUAUAAUUAUAUACACACUGUAUUAAUGUUAUAAUGUAUAAUGAUUCUUUGGAAAAUAUCUUUCAAAUGAUACCUAAACAAAGUUUAAUAUAAGCUUAAUUUUUAAAGGAAGGGUGUUGUACCUUUUCAUCUUUUGGUAGCUGUAACACUUCUGCCUUCACGGAGAUCAAAAUGUGCACCCUCUUCUAUUCAUGGAAUUAAAUGCUUUAGAACAUGAAAAAUUUCUUUUUGUUUUAAUGAAAACAUAAAACGUGACAUGAAUUUAUACAAACUGGACAUAUUUGGCAGUUAACACCUAAUAUUACUUCAAUUAAGCACAAUUCCUUUAAUAUGUAAAAAAAUCAUAUUGAGUGUUCAAAUUCAUCACAGCCAGACACAACUUGUCCUUUUUCUGAACUCUCACAGAAUGACCUUUUUGACAAAUUUUAAUCUUUGACUUAGAAUGUCUGGACAUAAUGAUAGAUGUAUAUGACUGUUCACAAAAUAUCAGAUUGCAGGUUUCCAUAUUAACGUCGUUUUUUUUUAACAUAAAUAUAAAAACCUGCGUUCUGAUCUUUUGUCAGCAAUCUUAUCACACUGGAUUCCAGACAUUUAUGCAAUCUUUGAGAGUGCAGCUCUAAGCACCCUGUCUUUUUUCUGCCACACCCUGUCCUUUUUAAAACUUGCCUAAAAUUGUACCAAAACUUCAUAGGGGGUAACCUGGCAUCAAAAUUUUACGUUAUUGUUAAUUAUCCAGCUCAUAUUUGUUUGGUUACCUUAACAAUUAGGUCAGUAUUAAGCUAGAAAUCCACAAAACUUGUACUGUGUACCGGUAAGUGCAAUGCAUACAUUUUAUACUAAAAACAAUUAUUUUAUUUUAAAUCUGCUAGCUCGUAGUUUGACCGUUUUUACUUUUAUUUAGUUUUUGUCUUGGAAUCAGCUUAUUUUGAUCUCAGUGCCUUCAAUUCAUUCAUAUAAGAUGAUUCACAAUAGGACAGAUCUCAAUUGUUUGGAAAACUGUUGAAAAACUCAUUUUUCUUAAAGUGUUAGUAACGCUUUUAGUCGUAAAUAUCAACUUUCGAAACGUAAAUAUGAAAAACUGCGAUCUGAUUUUUUGUCAGCAGUCUUAUAUCACUGGUUUCCAGACAUAUACUCAAAAAAUGGCUAAUUCCAAGACAAAAAAUAAAAAAAAGUUGACAAAAUGGUCAAUCUGCAAGAGUGCAGCUUUAAGAAUGACAGUGAAAUCCUUUUGCAAAUAGACGUAGGUCAUGUUUGAAUCAUUAUUAUCACAGGAGAGCAACAGAACAAAUGUAUCAGGAUUGUGAAUUAAAUGCCAAAAUGAAAUUAUAUUUUAAAGGGGCUAGACACCAGAUGAUUCAAUUGCAAGAAAAAAGUAAAUUGUCAAAAACUUACAUACAAUUGAUAUUGUUGUGAACAAUGCAUUGAAUUUUACUUACAACACAUUGCUUAUGACUCAUGCAUUUUUCGAAGUCAGUAUAUUUAUCUGUACUCAUAAGCAGAUAUGAUUUAAACUUGGAACCCAUUAUGCCCUAUUUAAAACGGGAUGGGACAGCAACGUGAUUGCUGCUUGUUGCGUUAAUCAUUGUUUAUCAUGUUUAGUGAUGUAUUAUCAGUAUUUUACUAGCUUGCACUGACAAUUCUAUGCUUGUUUUGAGGAAAUACGGUAUUUGCCGAAUUUUGGACCAUCUGGUGUCUAGUCCCUUUAAAACAACAGAGAAAUCCAUUUUGAACACAGUUUGAAUAAUUUGUAUACAAUUAUGUUUGUUACACAAGCUGUUCAUUAGAAAACAUAUUCCUUAAUCUGAAUGUAUUUGUGGAUGUAUUUAAUACACACAAUUAAAUGUGACAUCAGAUGAAAUUAUUGUCUAUUUCCAAUCAAACUUGUAAAAGUAUUUACAUACUGCAUUUUGUUUUUGUUUUUUUAAUGAACAAAUGUUUAAGAACCAUUUGAAUGUGAUGGAAAAAAAUACUGUUUGAAUGCAUUAGAAAAAAUAACAACACUAUUUGAAUGCAUUAGAAUGAAUAAAAACACUAUUUGAAUGCAAUAGAAUGAAUAACAACACUAUUUGAAUGCAUUAGAAUGAAUAACAACACUAUUUGAAUAAAUAACAUCACUAUCUAAAUGCGUCAGAAUAUAUUAUUACACUUAUUAUUACACUUUUUAAAUGCAUGAUAAUAAUUAACAAACUAUUUGAAAGCAUGAGAAUAACUAUUUAUUUUAAAACUGCACUUUGACAAUAAUCAGAAUUUCGUAUAUUUUGCAAUAUUUACUCAUUAAUAUUAUUACAUUUGGUUUUAAAUAAAAAAAGUGUGCAAUAGAUGAUUUAUUUUAAUAAAUAAUAAUGCUGGAAUAUUUUAUAUUUUUAACUUAUAAAUUGAUUAUUUUGAAAAUGAAUCAGUUAAAAGAAAUAUUUGAAUUCCUUCAUUAGAUUGUGUUAAAUUAUGAACGUUUCUUUUGUAUUUAAGAAUAUUGGUAGUUUGAGUAUAUUGUAUAAUAAUUAAAUAACAUGUAUUUGUUCAAUAUAUAAAUUGAAUCAUUAAAAAUGAAUCACAGUCUGUAAUUGUUAGUUAAUUUUAACUGCUUUCUAAAGUAAAAAUAAGAGUAGUUGUCAUAGCCUUGACGUUGUCAUGUAUUAACCUUGGCCAUUACCCAUUUUUACAAGAUAUUCACAUGAAAAUUGGUACGUACGUUGCCAUUGUCAAUACACACAUACACAGCCAUGCAAAUAAUUCUGGCUGUAACACCUUUUGAGUUAUGCCUAUUUUUACUGUAAAACAACAAGCAUUUUCGUUUUCCUCAGAGCACUCUUAAAGGCCUAGUUUUAGGAAUGUUUGGCAUCUAAUCCUCUGCCGUGCAUCUCCUGCUUAUUGCCCUGGUAUCAAUAAGAGGCAAAUUUCCUGUAUAUUUGUUUAUUGGCUAAGGCCAUUUAGGGUCCAUUUCUAUAAUAAAACCUCCAAAACUACACAGCAGAAUACUCAGAUCGGAGAUCUGAUAAGACGGCACAAGGCAAUUAGAUUAAGAUCAAUACACAGAGGUUGUGUACUGUUCACAGAUUUUAAAUUAGGCCAUUUAAGCAUGUACUUUCAUUUUUUUUCAAUUAUUAAUAACUAGCGUAUGAUAUAAAUAUUUUGAGCUGUUUACCUAACAUUCACCCGUUACCACCAGACCAGUUACAAUGUUCUUGUUAUAAUAUGUUUCUGCCAAAACUCAUUUGAUGUUAGAUGAAUAAUAAAUUAUGCAGUGAGA